AUUCGUCAGCUUGUGGAGGCAUGUGCGACUUGUCAGAAAUUCUGCGCUUCACAGCCAAAGGAAACGCUGAAACCUCACGACGUUCCCAGUCGCCCGUGGGAGAAGAUAGCAACGGAUCUGUUCACAUUCCAGAACAAGGAGUUUCUGAUAACAGUGGAUUAUUAUAGCAACUUUUGGGAAAUCGACGAACUGUCAACCACGACCGCGCCCGCAGUAAUCUCUAAGCUGAAAUCUCACUUCGCCAGAUAUGGGUGUCCAGAUACAGUAAUCAGUGACAAUGGACCCCAAUUCUCGAGUGAAAUGUUCGCUACGUUCGCUAAAGAUUGGGAGUUCGAACACCGUACUAUAAGCCCUUGGAAUAGUAAAGCGAAUGGAAAAGCCGAGGCGGCCGUCAAAGUGGCAAAACAACUACUACGGAAGGCACAAGACAGCAAGACAGAUAUUCGGCUAGUGCUGUUAGACCAAAGAAACACACCGACACAAGGGAUGAACACAAGUCCGGCACAAAGGUUCUUGAACAGAAGAACGAAAACGUUGCUCCCAACUAAAGAAACACUUCUCCGCUCAAGAGUACCAAAUUCAGAAGAACAACAGCAAAAGAUGAAAGAGAAGCAGAGGACCCAAGCACACUAUUACAAUCGAAACGCCAGAGAUUUGAAAGAACUGAAAAAAGGGGACGUAGUACGCAUUAAGCCGUCGAAGCCGUCCACACGAGUUUGGAAGAAAGGAGUCGUAGUAGAAAAAAUCGACAGCAGAUCAUACGUCGUCGAGACGACGGAAGGAACGAAAUACCGGCGUAACCGUUACCAUCUCAGAAAGACGCAGGAACCAAACGAGGCAGAGGAGGUCGAGUUUGGGAUAGAAUCUGAAGAGACCAAGAAAGACAAGGGGCCUGCGGAGCAACCAACGAACCAAACCUUGGAAGCGAGGAGAGUUGAGGCCGAUACACCGAACUUAGUCGAACAGCAGUUAGAGCCGGCUAAUCCAACAUCUGCCAGACCACAAAGAGAAAGACGAAAACCAGCGUAUCUUAUGGACUAUGAAUGAGAAAAAAAAAAAAGAAAGAAAACAAUAAUUGUAUAAUCGUAUAUCGUUUGUGAACAAGUCUAUGAAGAAUGAAGCUGCCUGCUCAACUUUGCAUCUGCGUCAUUACUUUGUGGUUAUUUCCAUUACCACUGACAGAGGCAACAAAAGUCAAGGGAAAGUGUGAACUGGUGGUAAACUGCUCUAAGAAAGCAGAAAAUGCAAGUGAAAGUUGCUAUGAAUUCAUGAAUCAUCUUGAUAAAAACUGCGGAGGAGGAGCCAGUUAUUGUGAUAAGUAUAAAGCUGAUCUUAUCAAAGCAUGCACAGAAGGUUUCUGUAAGGAAUGUCUAGAAAACGCAAACAGGGCUAAUAAAGAUUGCAUUAAGUUUUACAAUAAAAUUGCUUCUUCGGAUCAAGAUCUAAAACACUGCAAGAGUGUGAAAAAAGUCUUAUUUCAAAAAUGCCCUGAUGUUUGCAAAGGUGCUAAAGGUCAAACGAAAGACAACCCAGGAAUAAGUUGCAGAGAUAUUUUAGACUCUAGAGCCUACGAUCUUAAGAGUGGCUUGUAUUGGAUCAGGCCGGAUGGCGAUGCCUCCGCCGUCCAAUCAUAUUGUGAUAUGAAGUACCAGGGUGGUGGGUGGACCUUGGCGAGCUAUGGGUACGUGGCUGGUAACGGUUACAACGAUGGAAAUAAAAAUAUUCCAAACAUGAACCAUCCUAACGGCUAUACCUGGCAUCCAAACCAACGCAGUAAUGAUAAAGGCGUUGUAGCACUUCAACAUGGUGCGGUAAACUUGGCUCGAGGUGCGAAGUUUAUGAUAAUGGCAGCUGGGAACAAUCCUGCUUCAGGUGGUAUCAACGAAUACAGUUAUGUCUUUUUUAUUGAUAUUAGUCACAAUCCCUACAAUAUCACGUUCGCAAACCACAACCGUCGCCAUGGAGCUGUUGGAACUUCCACCAUUCCCAAGAUGCAUGUCGUUGAGUUUACAGUAAAGGCAUUGAAAGGUGAGACUGGAAGUGCGAAGAGAUAUGCGCUGGCUGAAGCUUUAGGUGUUACCUGGAGUGAUACAUACCCAACCGGUUACGGAUUCUCGCCGGUAAAUGCUCAUUUUGCCACUUGGAACAAAGGGCCAUUCUUUCCCAGCGUUCAUUCCGGUGACAGACCAGCUGCUGGAGGAUGUCAAGCGGCAAAACCUUACGCACCAGAUGUGGAGAAAGGAUGUCCAAACUACGCUCAUCUUGGAUGGCAUUCCUUGCAUGCAACCCAGAAGUCAGGACAAACAUCAAUAUGGUUCAAAUGAUGGCUCAUUCUCUCAUUGAUGAAUUUUAAACAAAACUCGCUAAAACAUUUUUUAUAGAACGCUGUCGUAGUUGUUAUAUCCUUAUACUGAUAAAUGAAAAAUUGUAUGGCUCUAAAAUUCUCAUUUCGUAGGAACAACAUAUUGAACAACAUUGGUCGGUAUUCUAUGGUCGGUAAUGGACUAGCUUAUUUCGUGCAUGGGAUGGUUUCCUUUGUGUCCACACGUAAUAUAGACUUUUAAAAUAUAUUAUAUAGCUAGCUGGUCUUUUAACCGGAUGUAUUUUACAAUGAUAUACACUCUUGAAACGAAGAGAGUAGUAACAUGCCUCUGCAUAGCUAUAAAUCAUAGGAAUUGAUAGUAUCAUUAAUAGGGAACUCAUUUUUCUGGUUGGUUUUGAAUAUUUUAUUUUCUUGUUCAUAGACAAUAUUGUAUUUAUUUUGCGAUGAUGAAACAUUCAUCCGGCAUAACUGUGAUAGAAUAGUUUCAUUGUAUAUUCAGCCAUUACCGCAUGACGUGUCGGAGAUUUUCCACUGCCUUGCUUAUACCUUGCCAAUUACUUUAGUGAAUCAUGUCAUAGCAUUGCAUGUGUUUACAUCGAUCGCGUAGUUGAAGUUGCUUUAAAUCAUCAUUCAUCUUUUUUUACUGAAUGUUAUAGGUAACCUUGAUAAAGAAUAGAUAAUUCAGACAGAGGUUCAAAGUUGAUUCACAAU